UUUCACUGCGCAAACCAUAGAACAAACGGCAUUUGUUAUGACUCUGACAUUAUCAAACUCGUUCUAAUUUGCUGUUCAUGCCAUUUGAUUUUUCCACGUUGGAUGUAACAAAACGUCAUACAUAAUGAUGAUAAACAGCUUGUCCUAGUUUAUCGCUUUUGAUACAAUGUAACUCUUCGUCCUGAGUGUUCGAAACAGCGGCUUGCUGGAGUGGACAGCUUCUUACUUCCUGAUCUUGCUCUGCGGAAUCCUUACAGCCUUCAAGAUGCUUGAGACUCCUCCUGGCUAUCCCUUCGAAGAGAUAGAAUAUGAGGACAUAGAAGUUGAAGAGGUUGUUGGCAGAGGGACAUUUGGAGUUGUCUUCAAGGCUAAAUGGAAAGGCAAAGAUGUAGCCAUCAAGACCAUAGAGAGUGAAUCUGAGAGGAAAGCUUUUGUAGUAGAGCUCCGCCAGCUUUCCAGAGUAAAUCACCCAAAUAUUGUCAAGCUCUAUGGCUCAUGUGAUAAUCCAGUGUGUCUUGUUAUGGAAUAUGCUGAGGGUGGCUCCUUAUACAAUGUGCUGCAUGGAGCUGAGCCCCUGCCCCAGUACAGUGCAUCCCACGCUAUGAGCUGGUGUCUGCAGUGUGCUCAGGGUGUAUCCUAUCUCCACGCCAUGAAACCCAAGGCCCUCAUUCACAGAGACCUCAAACCACCAAAUCUGCUACUUGUACAGGGUGGCACAGUGUUGAAGAUCUGCGACUUUGGGACAGCCUGUGACAUCCAGACACACAUGACCAACAACAAAGGAAGUGCAGCCUGGAUGGCACCAGAAGUGUUUGAAGGCAGUAACUACAGUGAGAAGUGUGAUGUGUUCAGCUGGGGCAUCAUCUUGUGGGAGGGGAUCACUCGUAGAAAGCCCUUUGACGAGAUUGGAGGAUCGGCCUUCUGCAUCAUGUGGGCCGUGCACAGAGGGACUCGGCCCCCCCUGAUAAAGGACCUCCCGGAGCCCAUUGAGAAUCUGAUGACACACUGCUGGGACAAAGACCCUUCCCAGAGGCCCUCCAUGGAGGAGGUCAGGAACACCAUGGCAAACCUCAUGAAGUACUUCCCAGGAUCUGAUGAGCCUCUCCAGUACCCUCACCAGUGUCCAGGCAACAGUAGGAGUGGCUCAUCCUCAGCCACAAGCACAGGUUCCUAUGCAGACAACACUAUCAACAGCUACCGAACUGAAAGCAACAUGGAACACAGAACAAACUGUCAAGGGAGAGAUGACACCCUGAAAAGCAUUGAAGCUAGAUUUCCACUUCAGUUUAAACAAUCAAAGGGGGGAACAUUACGCCCCAGCCUGCCCUCGUCCAGAAGGGCUAGUGUGGAGAGCCUGCCUGAUCGUGAGCGUACACAGAGUCCUGCCCCCACUGAGAUCAAAGGGCAAUGUGCUGGCCAAUCGGGGCCAGAGCUGAGGGUUUCUAUCAGUCCCACAGAUAUGAAUGGUUUGGACAGCUCCAUCCCCAUGGCAUAUCUGACACUGGAUCACCAGCUGCAGCCCCUGGCCCCAUUCUCUAACUCCAAAGAGUCCAUGGCUGUGUUUGAGCAGCACUGCAGAAUGGCCCAGGAGUACCUUAAAGUGCAGACUGAAAUCACCCUUCUCACCCAAAGAAAGAAGGAGCUGAUCUCUGAACUGCACCAGGAUGAGAGGCAGCAGCAGAACACGUCCCGUCUGAUUCAAGAACACAACAAACUGUUGGACGAGAACAAGAGUCUCUCCACCUACUUCCACGUUUGUAAGAACAAGCUGGAGCGGAUCCAGAGUCAGCAACAGACGAGUUAGAAUGCCUCCUGAUGUGUGCCUGUUGCACUAGAAUUGUCAUCAGAUCAGCAGCAGCCGAAGACACUGUCUGUCAAGUGGCCAUUUUGUGAUGUCUCUUCUGUUGACCCUCAGCUGUAUUGGGAUCAGCUGCAGCCAAAUAUACCUACCAUAUUUGUAAUGAAUCCUUCAUAUUGCUCAUCAACUGUUUUUGGAUGAGCAGCUAAAAAGACUGGCCAUUUGUUAACACUUCCCUGUUGCUCUUAAACUGUUGUUGGAUCAUUGGCCAAUGAGGAAAGCCAUACUAUUAUGAAUGUUUUGUAGAUCCUCAACUGAUCCACAGUCAGCAGCAGACUGCACACAGCUGGUCUCCCCUCAGGUUCUUGCUCUCCAAUGCGCUGUACAGUUAAGAUACUCUGCCGCAUUCAGUACAACAAUAAUAUUGUGCAAGAUGUCUCAUUAACAGCUCAGUUCAUUUGCACGCAUGUCUCGCAAAGACGUUAUUCUAUUCUGCCAGAGGAACAGUGGACUCGUUGAACAAGGGAAGCCUGGAGGCCCUGUAACAUCUUCUCCUAAUGCAGUUGCCUCUAGAGAUUGAUCUUUGGUCAGUUUUGUAUUCCCCUCCUCAAUGUUUAAAGUUAGGAUUUGAGGAGGACAAGCUGAUCCUAGAUCUGUGCCUAAGUUUAAUUUAUGCUCUUAGUGUGGCUUCCAGGAAGUAUCAGAGUGUUGUUGGUGUUGUUAAGGUGUAUGACUUGCAGUAACACCUCAGACGACUUGAGGUGUUUCCUGUCUUGCGGCAGAUGUCUGUCCCCUCCCCAGGGCUGUUGUAGAAGUGCUAGUAUUGAAAGAAGUGGCUCAGCUUGUUGUUCUUCUCUGGCUCUGACCUCUCUGUGACAGCUAGCUUUGUAUGGAGAUGACUAAGAUACGCACAAAAGGCUGUCAUUUCAUAUAUAUUUGCGUCUUUUAAAAUUUCUAUGGCAUUCUUAUAUCUUUCCCCUUUUCAUAUGCACUGGCUCAUUGAGAAGUAAGGACACUAUUUUAAAUGGAUCUUUAUGAUUUUUAUAUAGCCUAUACUUUUCCAUGUUCGGUGAAUCAGCAAGGUUUUACAUUUGCUUUGAGAUCUUUCUUGGAGGUUUUAGAUAUUUCUUCUCUCAUUCUCUAAAUGUAGAAUGCCACCAUCACUAAGUAUUCGUUUUUAUAUUUUGUUAAUUUAGUCAAUUAUUUGACUUUUGUAUCCACCCCUAUAGUGUUAAAUGUGUAUGUGCUGGUUGUGGACUAAAUGUUUGGUCUUGUUCUAGCACUUCCAGAAAUGUGUUAUACACUUUUGUUCGCUUUAUUUGCCCUCUGUGUGCGCGUGCGUGUUCACAAGUUGCCUUAGGCUAUAUCUCACUUUCUGUACUGUAUUUUUAAAAAUAGCAUUUUGACUUGCAAAACCAGAUGUCGUCAAUGCACUUUUGAAUGUACAGUGAGCUCAAAACGUAUUGGGACAUUGACACAUUUGUUGUUGUUUUGGCUCUGUACUCCAGCACUUUGGAUUUGAAAUGACAAUGACUAUGAGGUUGAAGUGCAGACUGUCAGCUUUAAUUUGAGGGUA